AUUCAUAUGUUUGUGAAAUCUAAAAAGCUCCAAGCGUUCUGUUUUUGUCGUAAGCUACUAAUAGCUGAGAACUCCGUUGAAAGAUAAUUUAUUCUCUGUAAACUGACGGCAAGGUUAAUUAUUUUUUAGGCGCUUGUUGGCAUGUUGGGUCUAACAACACUGGUGUUGUUCGUUUAUUUUUCUCGGAGCUAUUAGCUCGCUUUCUUGCUGCUACUCUGUAAGCUAGCUUACUACUGCGUCACAUAAUUUAAAACUAAAUCAGACGUUUGUUAGCUAAACUUCUAAAAGCUCCCUAAGCAAUGGCAGCCUCUUCUUCGUCCUCCUCUGCUGGAGGUGUUAGCGGCAGCUCGGUCACUGGGUCUGGAUUCAGUGCUUCAGAACUCAUCCCCCCUAGAAAAGUCCUCUACACCUAUCCUAAAGGCGCAGGGGAAAUGAUGGAAGAUGGCUCUGACAGAUUUUUGUGUGAGUCUGUGUUCAGCUAUCAAGUAGCUUCAACCCUGAAACAAGUUAAACAAGAUCAACAAGCAUCUAGGAUGGAGAAACUUGCGAGCCUAGUGGAGGAGCUGGAUGCGGAUGAGUGGCGGUACAAGCCCAUAGAACAGCUACUGGGAUUCACGCCUUCUUAAAUAAAGACCUCCAGCUGCCUUUAGUUAAAAAAAUCUGCUAACUAAAAUGAAAACACAAAAGGAAAUAAAUGUUUUUCUUUUAAUUUCAUAAAUAAUGUGUCAUAAACGUUUUGACUUUUUUAACUUGUCAUUAAAACCCAACAAAAGUUGUUGCUUGAAAUUUUUUAAUAAUAAAAAUGUAGCAGGUUAUUAUGACAGAUUUUCCAUCUGCUUCAGGCCUUUGGAGGUCCAAAGCUGUUCUUAGCCUCAAAGUUAAGUAACGUAACAAUUGUGACAGUAAAUCAUUUCAAGUGAAGCAUUGUGUUUCCACUUGGCUGCUCUGUAGCUCAAAAAUUUGAAAACCUGCUGCCUGCUCAGCCUCCUUUCGCCAUCGGUCCUCGUCACCACUUGGAGCAAAACAAAGAGAGCUUUAAUAAAUAGUUGUACAUUCUUCA